AUGAAAAAGGACCAAAUACUGGAUGAGUUUCCGAAACUUUUGCGUGAAGGCGACACAAAGCGCUUGCGCUUUGUCUAUGACCUAAUUAAUAGGGUACCAAAUGGAACCCAAACGAUGUUGGAGCUGUUAGAGCAGCACAUCCGGCAAACGGGCAUCGCCGACAUGCAGGCGAGCGCGGAAAUGGUG